UUUAGUGUUGAGUUUCCAUGGUGCCUGUUGAUCACAUGGACCCUCCUUGUACAAGAGUGGGAAGACGAUUGCCUUGUACACGAGAGAUUGAUCAGCUUUUCUUGUAGCGGACACAGGCAGGGAAAGAGGCGACCAGAGAGCAGGGAGAUCCAAAAUACUGAGCCAUUCUCAACUCAUCAAUGAUAGACGCAGCACAUUUUCUGCACUCAGGAUCGUGAAAACUGGUGCAUGCAAAGCUGUAUUUAAGUAAAGAUACAUAUUUGCAAUUUUGUUGUAAUUUCAGUUGGAACAUUUUUUAAAAUGACCCUUGAUGUUUUAUUGUUAUGUAUAAUCUCAUUCAGUGGUACAGAACUAGCGUCAUCCUUGGAACUUAAACCUGACAUGCCUAACGUGUGUACAGAGCAGGAGCUGGCGAUGAUCGGGCACAGACAGCCAUGUGUCCAGACCUUCACUCGCAUGGUCAAAGUGUGGAAACAAGGCUGUACUGGACAGAGGUGGUGCGUUGGGUAUGAAAGAAGGACUGGGUAUUACACAGCUUACAGACAGGUAUACAGCGUGCAGCUCCAAACAGUUUACAAGUGCUGCCCGGGGUGGACUCAGCAGGAAGAUGAAGUGGGCUGUCUGCACUCUGUGUGCUCUGCUGGUACGUGUUUCAAUGGAGGGAAAUGUUAUGAAGGAGGCUCCAGGGUCUGUCAGUGUCCAGAAGGCUUCCAAGGAUCCCACUGCCAGUACGACGUUAAUGAAUGUACUACUGACAAUGGGGGCUGUCAGGACCAGUGCUGCAACACCAUUGGGAGCUAUUACUGCAAGUGCCCUUCAGGCCAGCAACUCAGGGAGGAUGGGCAGUCAUGUGAGGAUGAUGAUGAGUGUGCUGUUGUGAAUGGAGGCUGCCAGCAGACCUGUGUGAACACUCAAGGAUCCUUCUCCUGUGAAUGUGAUGCUGGAUACCGGCUGCACACUGAUGGGCGCACUUGUAUCACUGUGAACUCUUGUUCUAUGAACAAUGGUGGUUGUGAGCAUGAGUGUGUAGAUAUUACUGAAGAUCAUUACAAGUGCCAGUGCCGUCCAAACUACCAGUUAAAAAGAGAUGGCAAACACUGUGAAUUGAGAGACCCAUGCACGGACAGGAACGGAGGCUGUGCUCACAUCUGUACAACUGGAGGUGGGUUAGCGGAAUGUGAAUGCAAGCCUGGGUACCACCUGUCUGAUGAUGGUAAAGGUUGUGAAGACAUCGAUGAGUGCAGUUCAGGGAUUGCCAUGUGUGCUCAUCGCUGUGUCAAUAUGCUGGGAUCCUUUACCUGUGUCUGUAACCCAGGAUUUGAGCUGGGUGCUGAUGGGAAACAGUGUUACCGUAUUGAAAUGGAGAUUGUAAAUAGCUGUGAAAAGAACAAUGGAGGCUGCUCUCAUCAUUGUGAACAUACUACCAGUGGGCCUCGCUGUUCAUGUAACCAAGGUUACCACAUAGAUGUGGAGAGGAAGAGUUGCAUAGACACUGAUGAGUGUGAGUCGGGAGAGGCCUGCUGCAGUCAGUUCUGUAAUAAUUACCCAGGAGGCUAUGAAUGCAGCUGUAAGGCUGGCUUCAGACUGAACACUGACGGCUGUGGUUGUGACGAUGUGGAUGAAUGUUUGGCUGACAAUGCUGACUGUGAUCAUGAAUGUGUCAACAUGCUGGGAUCAUUCGAAUGCUCCUGUCAAGAAGGGUUUAGACUGGAUUUUGACAGAAAGACAUGCAUUCCUCUGUAUGACGAUGAUGGCAUGUAUGAAGAGGAAGAGGAACUGGAGGUGGUCCAGCUUCCUGACCUACUGUUCCAAAGACCCCCGCAGCUCCUUCACUACACCGCCGCUCUACAGUCUGCCUACAAGGAGGAAGAGUACGAGGAAGAUAUCAGAGGGGAACACACUGUCCUGCACAAAAUUAUCUGUCUGGAUAACACCUUUGGGAACGACUGCAGUUUGGGCUGUGAAGACUGUGAGAAUGGUGGCGUGUGUAAUCCUGACAGGGAUGGAUGUGCCUGCCCAGCAGGAUGGUCUGGAAUUGUCUGCAAUGAAACAUGUCCUCAGGGAACUUUUGGGGAGGAAUGCAACAGUAUCUGUGAGUGUCAGAAUGGAGGCACCUGUGACCCAGUGACAGGGAGGUGCCGCUGUCCACCUGGAAUUAAUGGGCAGUUUUGUGAAGAUGGAUGCCGUAAGGGGUUCUUUGGGAAGAUCUGUGACAGAAAAUGUAACUGCCCAAACAACGGCUAUUGUCACAGACUGUACGGAGCGUGUCUGUGCGACCCAGGCCUUUAUGGGCGCUUCUGUCAUUUAACCUGUCCAAAAUGGGCCUUCGGAGCUGGGUGCUUUGAAGAAUGCCAGUGCGAAGAAGAUAACUCUCUAGAAUGUGAUGCUAAAAAUGGCACCUGCAUUUGCAAGUCUGGUUACCAUGGCGACAGAUGUCAAAAAGAGUGUGGACCAGGGUUCCAUGGAGCUGGCUGUAAGCUGAAGUGUAACUGUGCCUUCGGUGUGCCCUGUGACCAUCAGACUGGAGAGUGCAAGCGCCAGUGUUCCCCAGGGUUCCAUGGAGAGAGAUGCCAGCUUUCUUGCAACCCUGGGAAGUUUGGUGUUAACUGCCUCCAGACUUGUGACUGUGCAGGGGCACCCUGUGACUCCCGUACUGGUCAGUGCAUGUGUCCUUCUGGUAGAACUGGCCCAGCCUGUGAGAAAGACUGCCCUGAAGGUCUGUGGGGUAUAAACUGUCAGUUUGCAUGUGGGAUGUGUGCAAAUCGAGCCAUUUGUAACAAAGAAACUGGCAACUGUGACUGUCCUCCGGGGUUUGCUGGAAAAUCCUGUGAAAAAGCUUGCCCCAGUGGGUACUACGGGCAGGGCUGCCUGCUUCUCUGUAACUGUAACAACAAAGCCCAGUGUGACCAUGUGACUGGGGAGUGUGCGUGCCCACCAGGGUGGACUGGCCAUCACUGUACAAGGGCCUGUGAUGCCGGUCGCUGGGGCAGACUGUGUGCUAAUAAGUGUGAGUGUGAUAACAGUGAUGGGAGCUGUGACCCUGUGACUGGACUUUGUCUGUGUGAAGCAGGCUACACUGGAAAACGCUGUGAGCAAAAGUGUCCUGAGAACACUUAUGGUCUUGCCUGCAAGUUCGGCUGUCAGUGUGAGAAUGAAGCCACCUGUGAUCACGUCAGUGGAGCCUGUAACUGUUCAGCUGGGUGGACUGGGACUUUCUGUGAAAGACCGUGCCCGGAUGGAUUUUAUGGUCUUGACUGUCACCAGAUGUGUAACUGCAGAAAUGGUGCGUACUGUAACCACAUCACAGGGGCCUGCCACUGCCCUCCUGGCUGGGUGGGAACCAAGUGUAACCAGGCAUGCCAAAGGGAUAGGUACGGCGAAGACUGCAGCCAGAUCUGUAAUUGUCACAAUGGGGCGACAUGUGAUCAUGUGACUGGCCAGUGUCACUGUGCUGCAGGAUGGACAGAAGUUUCCUGUCAGCAAGCUUGCCCUGCUGGACUCUAUGGUGUGGACUGCCUUCAACACUGCAUUUGCAGAAAUGGAGGCACAUGUGAUCCGAUAACUGGCCAGUGCACCUGUCCCAAAGGCUGGACUGGAGUCGCCUGUGAACUUGAGUGUGAAGAUGGCUUAUUUGGAGCAGGAUGCAAGCAGACUUGUAGCUGCAGGAACGGUGGAACCUGUAACAGACUCACUGGGAAAUGUACCUGCAGCCCUGGCUGGACUGGAAAUCAGUGUGAAACAGCUUGCCCUGAAGGUUACCAUGGCAAGCACUGUGAGGAGAAAUGUGUGUGUGAUCAUGGCUCUACUUGUCACCAUGUGACAGGAUUGUGUCACUGUGACCAAGGUUGGAGAGGGAGGAGGUGUGAGAAACCUUGCCUGCCUGGUUACUAUGGUGAUAACUGUGCCCUGCGCUGUGAAUGCCUGUCUGGUGUGUCAUGUAAUCAUGUGACUGGAGAAUGUGGCUGCCCAGUAGGAUUUACUGGAAAUGGCUGUGAAGAAACUUGUCCUUCAGGCACAUAUGGACCAAACUGUAACCAGCUGUGUCGAUGCUCGGCUCAAAAUGAACAAUGUCACCCUGCCACUGGGAAAUGUACCUGCCUACCUGGUUACUACGGGAACCGUUGUGACCUCAGGUGCCCAGCUGGUACCUACGGCCCAUAUUGCAUUGAAAGCUGUAAAUGUCAGAAUGGGGGACACUGUGACACAGUGACAGGGACCUGUGAAUGCCCUCCGGGGUUCCUCGGAGCUGACUGCAGUAAGAGCUGCCCAGAAGGUCGCUUUGGGAAGGACUGUGCCCAGGUGUGUUCUUGUGGUAAAGAAGGCAGGUGUGAUUCAGUGACAGGCAGAUGCAGGUGCCCCUCUGGCCGAAUUGGACAACGCUGUCAGCAAGCUUGCCCCAGAGGAAAGUAUGGGCAAAAUUGCCAGCAGACUUGCACUUGUCGAAAUGGUGGCAUCUGUAACCCAGUCGAUGGGAUGUGUACUUGUGGACUGGGAUGGACUGGACCUUCCUGUGAUAAAGAGUGCCCUGCUGGUAAAUACGGGGCAAACUGCCAGCUGGAUUGUCUGUGUCAGAACAAUGGGACGUGUGAUAGGUUUUCAGGCUGUUGCCAGUGCAUUGAUGGUUACUAUGGACAAGUCUGUGAACACAGCUGCCCUCCUGGAUUUUAUGGUCUGUUCUGUGCUCGCACAUGUGAUUGUAAAAAUGGGGCUACAUGUGACCCUGUGACUGGACAGUGUAUUUGCCCACUAGGUUAUCAUGGAUUCCAGUGUGAAAAAGGCUGCGAGCGGGGGAGGUAUGGAGAGAGAUGCCAGCAGCAAUGUGAUUGUGAAGGAGCAGGACCCUGUCACCCAGUGACUGGAAAAUGCUUUUGCCCUCCUGGCAGAACUGGAGCCCGGUGUGAGAAUGAAUGCAGAAGUAAUCAAUAUGGACCAGGGUGCUCUCUGUCUUGUCAGUGUGCAAAUCAAGCACAUUGUAACACUCACAAUGGAAGCUGUGUCUGUCCUUUCCAGUGGAUGGGGCCCACAUGUGCUGAAGGAGGACCCCCAAAACCCACUUCUAACCAGGACUACACUUCACAAGCACAAAGAACUUCAAAGCAUUUUUCACAUUCUUAGUUUUAUGAAGCUGAUGCUAGACUGCAUUAUUUGUGCACAUUUGAAAAUCUCAAACCAGGAAUCAAUUAAGCACAGUAAGGAUGGUAUUGAUUCCACUAAACACAUAGUACAAUGCAGAUACUACAGCAGCAUUGAAUGAAAGAGUGGGUCCUUGUUUAUGGUGUUGCACAUUUGUACAUUAUAUUAUGUAGAAGAUUGCGCUUGGGGUAGGAUUUGAAAAUGGUUAUGUUGUAUCCUCAUUUAAAAGGUGCUGAUCAGUUAAGUAAUUUAACUAUAAUUCUUUACUGAUCUAUAAGGUAAUCUGGGCUCUGAAAAGCAACUACAGUACCUGAGAAUGUGUUAAGAUUAUCUGGUACAAUGAAUGGAUCUUGCUUAUGAUGAAGCAAUUCAUAGUUCAACCAAUAGGAUGAUAAUGUUGUUUACUUUCCCACAUGGUGCUUAUCUAAACACCAAACUUCAUUGAAGGUGCUUAUAUUAAUCAUUGUACUGUAAUCCUUUGCUUAAAACUGAUUGAUAUUUUAUAAAUCUCCAACAUGUGUAAAAGUACUUGUUUUGUAAUAGAAUGCUAGAUACAAUGUUUUAACUGCAUAUUAGUUUGUACAUUUCCUAUUUGGAAAAGUACAGUUUAGCAUAAUGUUAACUGCAGCAAUACUUAGGAAUGUCGCCCUUAUCGAUUUAACUUGAAAAAUAUUAUACCCGUGAACGAGCCAUACAGUACUAUUGACAACAAUAUUUAUGUGUUUUGAGUUAACAGAUAUUUUCUGAUGAUGAAUCGUAUGUGAUUGAUAACGUUUCUGUAUUGUGUAAAUAUGUAAUGUAUUUUAAACCAUGUUUAAUGUUACAGAGGGUACAGACCUAAGGCGACAAAGUACAGUACAUCUUAGAAAUUAUGUGUCAAAACAUAACAUUGUUUAAGUGCCAGUCUGGUUUGCGUUGACUAACCACAUGCCCUCUUAACCCUAAACCAAACUGCCUGCUUUUAUUUUCUUUUUGGUAUUUAUGUUUACCAAAAAGACUGAAAACAUGUGCCUGUAUAGGUUUAUUAUGAAUUGUGUUUCAUUGUGUUAAAAAGGAUUGUUUUACUCAUGGACAAGCAGACCAGUCCAUCCUGUUAGACAAUCAUUACUGUCAAAUAACCAAUAAUCUGAAGGAAUACAACAAACAAAUAACCAAAACUAUUUAGGUUUUAAUACAGUUUGAAGGGAAAAAAGAUGUCUGAAUAGCGCACACUUCCAGUAACAGUGUGUAUGGUCCAGGUGGCAUCUCAUUCAUACCACCUUUCAUAUGAGGGUUGGGCAAGCUCAAGUGACAAGUUAAAUGAAUUAGGCAUUCUCAGUUUAGUCCCCAAGCAGACAUUAGCCCACAUUGUGAAACAAUUUGCCACAAAUGUAAGCCGAUGAGGGACCUGUCUGUCCUCAGUGUCAUUGUCCUACACUAAUGGCAGGUUACCCAAUAGGAGAAUAUGUUUUACUGUCUUUAAAUUUGAUUUAAUAGAAAGGACUUAUCAGACUAAGUGAUUGAUUCUGAUCAGUCUUUACCCGACUGGGAUAAACCACAGCUGGGUUAGAGCAUAUUACAGCUCCAAGGAAUCCAUCCAGAUUACAUCAACCAUUUAGUUUUGGCCUGACGGGUAACCACAGAUAGCAGCUUGAUAAAAACAUGGAUGAUUACACAGUGCUGCAAAAUGAUCUAGAAAUCCAGCUGUGGCCCCUAAGAAACAUUUCACACCUUUGUGCCAACACAUUUUGAUUUGAUCUAGCUUUUCUGUUAAAAAUAUGACCUCCCGCCAUUGUAGCAUUAGCACGUGCAAGGGGAUAGUACUUUAUCAAUAUGUAAAUAUUAAAUGUUUGGGAGAAUCUCAGGAAGAUCAUAUGUCAGGAGGGUGGCAUAAACCUGUACUGUACUUUCUCUGUAAAACACUUCAGACAUGUUGAACCUGGCACUACAAUCUGUAGCUUAUUUACUGUAAAUGUUAUCAAGAAAUAAGAAGAACGCUGGGCUAAUCCAGAUGACGAUAAUAAAGCUGGUAAUUAUUAUUAUUGGUGGUAGUGGUCAUUGUGGUGGCAUUCAAAUCAUUAUUAGUUGGAUUAUUACUAUUAUAAUUAUCACAAAGUGCUAGUUGUUUUCUGGAUCUACAUAAUUCUUGUUAUAAUUAGAAAUCUAUGCAAAGACCUACUAGCUUAAAAUGUGCAUUUGUAUGAAGAAACUGUAUUCCACUGUAUUUGUAUUGCAUUUAAUAACUGGGUCAAUAAAUCACUCCUCGAGGAAAACACCACCAGAAUUAAAAGCGAGUCAAAGUGUGAUAGUAUUUAGCUGCACUGCUGUUUAGAUAGCUAAAAUAGACCCAAACACCCAAGGUCUUUAACAGAAUUGUUUAAGUAGCACCAAUUAUGCAGCUGGAAUUAUAUGUAAUACAUUUUUCAAUGGCGCAUUUACAUCCAGUUAUUUUCUAACUCCUAGAAUAUGGGUUAGCUUUGAUCUCAAUACAUUAUUCACUGCGGUUGAACUUACUUUUAACAUUAAUGUGCAUGGGCAUGUUUAAAUGAAGCUGAGUAACAAUGUUAACAGCUAUGAAUGUUCUGGACCAUUAAGGUCAAGACAAAUAAUUUGGCCUGUCAAUACUGCUGUGAGAUGCUUAUCUAGUAAUUCUCCCACAAUCAAUGGAAGUAAAAAUAUUUUGGAAAGUUAGUUGGGCAUGACAUAAACUGUACAUAUUACUGCUGUAAGACUACCCAGUUAAAUCCUGCUUUAUUGCAAGCGACUAGAUGAAUUACACAUGCUCAUUAUGGGCAUGAUUCAACUACAGAUCAGAGGCUCCACAUGAACCUCACAUACUGUACAUUGUUCAGCCCUGUGAUUGGAUGCAUAUCAUGUGAGUAUCCAAUCACAAUACAAGGAACUUCCAGGCGAACCCAUCCAGUCAUAUUAUUGCUAAAGUCACAGUCGCAUUAACAACACAGGAUACAUAACUGUAAGCAGCAGCAACAGAGUUCUUCCUGAGGAUACAGGCUGUACUGGGGUCAUUUGCUUUAGAAGUUCUGCAAGGACAAAAGGCAUGAAAUCACUGUUCACAGAUUAUGGGCAGAAAUAAACUACACUGCACAUUUUAAUGG